AUGGCUGUGCCAAGCCCACCUCGUGCUUCUCUCUGGCGUGUCUCUCCUUCGUCUUGCGCUGCUCGUCUCUUGGAACCACCACUUGCCCUCGAUACCCCGGGUAUUCGACACCUUUUUUCAACUCUCUAUUCAACCGUUUACUGGACCUCCUUUGUCCUAAGAAUGAGCCGGAAGCUCGCCCCCGAAGCAAAUCGGAUUCUCUUCGUCAAGAACCUCAGCUACAACGUAACAGCAGAGCAACUUUUUGACUUGUUCGGGAAAUUCGGGCCUAUUCGCCAAAUCCGUCAAGGCAUUGCCAAUAACUCAAAGGGCACAGCAUUCGUAGUCUACGAGGACGUACACGACGCCAAGCAGGCAUGCGAUAAGCUCAAUGGCUUCAACUUCCAGAGCAGAUACUUGGUCGUAUUAUACCACCAGCCAGAAAAGAUGGUCCGCUCAAAGGAGGAUAUCCAAGAAAGACAAGAAAAUCUGGAACGACUUAAACAGCAGCAUGGGAUAGAGUGA